AUGUCGACGAACGCGAACCUCCCUCCGGGAGCCUUCAUCACCAGCAUCAACGGGAAGAGGUGCACCGCAGUGCCCAAGAACGCCAAUGGAGCGGGGAACGGCAACGCCGCAACGCGCUCCUCCGCCGUGCAGAGUGCGACCACGAGAGCCUCGACAACGGCCCAGGCCUCUUCGAGCCCUCAAGGCUCAUCCAGCUCCUCAAGCAGUACGACGAGCUCCUCCCUUGUGCAGAUAAGCACCACCACAUCAAAUCCUCCUCCUCCCCCAUCGUCAUCUUCACCACCACCACCACCACCACCGCCGCCGCCACCGCCACCACCACCUUCAUCCGCCGCGUCAAUAUCAAGACCGGCUGCAUCUGUGUCACUAGCAUCACCACCCCCACCCCCACCACCCUCAUCCUCAAGAGCAUCAUCCACAGUGAUACAUCCCUCACCAUCAAUAGCACUGCCCAACGCGGCCAUCCCGGCGAUACUUGUCCCCGAGGCAAGCAAAUCGACGGCGGCUGCCUCCCCUGCACCCAGUGCCGUGCCCCCAGACUCCGCGGUGACUGCUGUACCCCAGACCAGUCGAGCUGAUGAGAGCAUACCAGCCACAUUGGCUACAGUGCAAACCACUUCUCAACCAUUAGCAAUUAGCGAAGCCACGGGAACAUCCGUAGCGGAUUCAAAACCGCCCGCGGUGGAGUCGCCCACCAUCUCUGACGCAGCAGCGCCCCUUUUCACGACAAUCGGGACGGCAGCCCCCUCGAAGGGCGCCAACGGGGCGGCGGUCGGCGCCAGCACCGACUCGACAUCGACCGACGCAGCAGGCAAUUCCGUCUCCUCGUCCGGCGGAACUUCGGCAAGCACGACCAUCGCCAUUGCAGGCGGCGUCAUCGGUGGAGUGGCUCUGCUCAGCCUGGUCGCCUUCCUCUGGUGGUUCUGGCGCCGCCGUGUCAUCAAGAAGCGACGCAGCACGCUCCUCACGCCCCUCUCGGCCGACCCCACGAAUGAACGAGGCGACGGGGAGAAGGGACCGUAUGUCAUCAACCGAGGGAGCAUCGGGCCGACGCCCAGGACCGAGCGGAUCAAGGCAUCGUUUGAUGCCAAUCUCAAACGACUGAAGGGGAGAGUCAGCCAGCUCAUGACCCGCAACAGCGCGUCGCCCAACGGAGACUUGGACCGCGGUAACUCGCAGUUCAUGAUGAGCACGGCUCCGAGCCACAGCCGCUCGAGCUCGGUCGAGCAGGGCAAAGUGACGACCUUGAAGAAUCAGCUGAUGGAUUUCAUGAGUCGUCUGACUGCCGGUGCCGUUUUCACAAAGAACGGCCCGAGCCAGAGGGCCAACAAUGCGUCGGCCACGCAGGAGAAAGGGCCCACCAACUACAACUCACAACCCGACUUUUUGACUCUGCUGGGCAUGGACGAUCGCCAGCUAGAGCGGGAAGCCCAGAAACGCCGCAUGAGCGCCCGCCGCGUCAACGGCAGCGCGUCGUCGACCGACCACUUCCUCGGCGGGCUCAACCUCGACUUCAACAACAACGACCCCUUCAGCGACUCCAACGCCAUCGCGCACACCUCGGCCCAGCCGGCCCCCCUCACCGUGGGCGGCAGCCAGGCCAAUACUACCACCACCACCGGCAACCCCUUCUCGGACGCAAACGCCAUCCCGCAGGCGCCCAAGCCGACCACGUACGUGGCCGACAUCCGGAGGUCGCGGGGCCAGUCGGUCAGCCAGGCGAACCGGCCGCCCAGCAGCUUCCGGGCCCCGGAGUCGGUCUACCGCGAGUCGGUCAACAGCGUCGACACGGCCUACGGCCCGCGCCGCAACAAGUUCCGCUCCGACCCCUUCGACCUGGAGCGGCCCGAGCUCCUGGGCGGGGCCGCGGGCCGCACGACGAGCAGCAACGUCAGCACGGCGGGCUCGUCGGCGCCGAGGCUCAGCGACAUCUCGUCGCACGACGGCAGCAGCAGGCUGAGCGGGGGCGUGGGCACGGGGUCGGUGCGCAAGCCGGGCCGGGCUCACGAGCGGAGCGAGAGCUUCACGAGCAAGUACUCUAGCGGCGUGAGCCUGGGCGAGUGGAGCGACCCGGGCCCGGACGUGGGGCCUGCGGCGUCGGCUAAGAAGACGGAUGGCGUGGGGAGGGCGAUGUGA